AGACGUCUACGGAUCGCAGUGAAGCCGGGUCGUAUUUUGUCCGCGCAGACCUGUGCUUUACUUUCGCGUGACGAAUAAAAACUGUUAAGUCACCAAAGGAUUUUUUUAAAGUGAUAGCUUGAAAAAAAAACAAUAGUGGGUGUUGUGUCGGUUCAGUUGUGUUCCCGGAAUUUUUAUUUGAGAAGUGAUAUUUCAACACCGACGAACAACGUGGACCCCUCAACGCCGGAAUAAAGACUGCGUCAUAAAAAAAAACGUGUAAAGCCGUAACUGUCAGGAUUUGAGUGUAGGAACUUUUCUGAGGAGCAACAAAGUGGCGGUGCCGCGCUGUGAUGUUGCGCGUUCCACUUAUGAAAGGCGGCGUUGCCGAUUCGUGUACACAUAAAGAUGGGUCAUAAAAUUGAGCUGCCCCGCGCUUAUGGCAAAAUGCUUCUGACUGUGUACACGGCGUUGCUUCUUUGGAGGAUUGACUGCGCUGUCGAGAGCACGAAAGUGGUAAAAAGCGGUAUGCGGCACCAGACUACAUCUCCACUAGGCCGGGUGGGACCCACUGCGUCCCUGCGAGACUCCGAGCCCGACUUUGCUGGACCAAUAGAAAACGUCACAGUAGCUCUCGGCAGGGAAGCCAUACUCACCUGCUCAGUCACCGACCUUGGAGACUACAAGGUAGCCUGGAUUCGAGCAGAUGAUCAAACUAUCCUCACACUCCACACGAGGCUGGUGACGCACAGCUCUCGGUAUGCGGUUACCAACGAUUCUCCGCAUUCCUGGCAACUCCACAUAAGACCUCUGAAGGUAGAAGAUCGGGGCUGCUACAUGUGCCAGAUAAAUACCAGCACGAUGAAGAAGCAGAUCGGCUGUGUGAAUGUGCUAGUUCCACCGAACAUCGUAGAUAAAGGCACGAGUGGAGAUCUCGUUGCACGCGAAGGUCAAGACACAAGUCUAUCCUGCAAAGCCGAAGGAACACCACUCCCGCGAAUUUUGUGGAGAAGAGAAGACGGUACCAACAUUCAACUCAGGAAUGAAGCCGGCGAUCUUCGAAAAGUUGACAUGUUCAUGGGACCAAAUUUAAACCUAACAAAAGUAGAACGACGACAGAUGGGAGCAUACCUUUGUAUCGCGUCAAACGAAGUUCCACCUUCAGUCAGCAAAAGGAUAAUGCUGAAUGUUAAUUUUCCACCAUCAAUCCUGGUGGCGACCAAGGUCAUCGGCGUGCCGACAGGAUCACAAGCCAAACUGGAAUGUUUCGUCGAGGCGUUUCCACAAGCUAUUAAUUAUUGGCUCAAGAGCGGCGAAGAGAUGAUUCUUUCCAAUUCCAAAUAUAAUUUAACGGAAGAUCGAAUAUCCCAGUACCAACUCCGAACCAUUCUACAGAUUUCGAAGUUUGAGCCUGAAGAUAUAGGCACCUACACGUGCGUCUCCACAAAUACGAUGGGAAAGUCGGAAGGGACAUUAAGACUUUAUGAAAUCAAAAUUACUACUACGACAACAACAACGACGACUACCACAACAUCUACAACUACAACCACUACUACAACCACACCAGCCCCGACAACAACGGAACUACCACGAUUUGUAGUUCCAUUACAACCUGCCGAACAAAAAUUCUACACACCGGACGUGACUACUUACGAUACAAUGCAAAACGUGAUAGAGCAGUCCGUUCUCGACAACAACUGGUUGCCAACUACCGAAUCUGUUGCAGCAAGCAUCGGUCCAGAUUUUUCCCUAGCCACACUGAUUCUGAUUUCAAUGUUGCCAUACCUUUAUUUUGUAACAAAUAGUAGUUUUUAUAUUCUACCAACAAUAAUAAGCACAAAUGCAAUAAUUAUCAAAAUGUUUUUGCAAUCCGUAAGAUGAUAAGUUUUCAUUAAAUUCGAUUUUAAAAAUAUCUAUCGGUCAAUUUGUUAAUAGUUAUUGUUUUAUUUUACGUACAUUCAAAACAACAUUUGGAUGACGCUUAAAUGUUACGUAUUUGCUGUAAAUCAAAAGCGUAUUGUUUGCUCCAAUUACAAUGGCUUUAACAUUUAAUUAAAUACCAAAAUUAUCAAGUUAAAUAAUGUCAUUAUUUUAAGUGUAAAAACUCUAUAAUAUCGUGCUAUAUUGGUUAAUCAUUUAACUUGUAAUUAGCCUACACAAAAUAGAACCAAAAAGAAAAGAGUAGAAUAUAAAUAAAAUUCCAUGAAAAAUGACUUCAUCAACUACUUAGAACUUGGUUUGAGCGCUUGUGCUCCUUUGAGACCAUUCUGGCGCACGUCAAGAGGCACUUUGACCACUUAUACUUUGUACUACAUGCAUUAGUUGUGUAGCUUUCGGGUUGGCGAUUGAAUGAAUCGCAACUAGGUUGCUAAGAAUACGGGAACAAAACGGAUGGCUGACCAAAUGCUUAGUUUCGUCGUUCGUGCAAAUUUGGACAAGCGCCUUUUCAAAACAAUUAAAUAGGGCCGGUCAACCGUGCUUAUUUGAUCUAAAAAUAAGCAUAAACGACCUGCUAAUUGAUUGAUUGCUUGGUUUUCGAGUCACGAUGAACAAAAUAGCUUCCAUCCGCACGUCAAACUACCAACCAAUUGAACGGGUCAUACAAAUCAGACAAUUUCUCUACAGGCUCUCUACCCUAUAGGUCUGGAUCUUAAAACAUUUUACGAUUUGUUAAAUUUUUUCUACAACUCAUCUGAGACUGAUAUUGGAAAAUGAGAUGAAGGUCACAGGAGGCUUCAAAAUAUGCGAAUCAAAUAAAUUGCUGUUCAAAAUACCCAAAAUUUUACAUAGACUAUAAGUGUGGUAUUUUACAAUACGAAUUAAAUAAAUUACUGGGGCAUCUAAGUCGUUCUGGUAUUCUAUUUAUGAUAAUAUAACAAACGGCAUGUAACUAUCACUUAAUAGAAUAGAUAAAAAAGCAGACUCUGUUUUUAUUAGCAUUGGACUUACGGCCCAUGUGUGGUUCAGCGUGAAAGCUAGGUGCAACUCACAUUUGUAUUGUAAUAACAGUUAUUCGACUUUAUAAAACUAACUAAUCUGUUUCAGUCAAUAGACCAAAUAGGUAGAAGGGUAGACAGUUUGGAGCAUACAUUAACACCAAAACUCAUAUUAGAAAAUUGUAGCAGUACCUCUGGGACGCCGAUGUUGAAAACCCUUAUUUUGCGAAUCAUAUUGAGUCAGUCGUGGAUGAACUCGGAUCAGAGACUUCUCACAGUAUAAACUUAGAGAGUGCUCCGGUGAUUUAAAUACUCAUCUCAGCCUAUGGCUGUCCAAGGCCGAACAUAGGCCUCUUUAAUCUCAUUAAUCUCUUAAGGUCCGUUGCCACCUGCAUCCAACACAGAUCCUGUUUUGGACACAUCAAAAGAAAACUCGAUGACAAUUCAAUAUCAAGGAUAAAGAUUUAAAAGAAAAGAUUCGUGAAGCGGAGCCUUAAAUGUCUGAUCGAUCAAGUCACAAGGACAACAACUUGACACAAGAUAUUGAUGGUGCUAUGCCGCUGACCGUGGUAACUGACAACAGAUUAUCACGAAAAGUCUUAGUGGGAUUUACCAAGUUGCUUAGGAACGAGCGAACGACUUGAGGACGGACUUGUUUUAUAAAAUCUACUAGUCUACUACUACUAUCUAGUCAACUAUUAACAUUUGAAAAAUAUUGACAUUUUUCAUUGCUUAAUUCAGUAAUUAGCGAUACCCGUGAGUUCUUAGGCCGCAAAAACUCUAACUUGAAAUGCUAAUUUCAAUUAAUAAUCGUAUCUGUUAUGUACUCAUAACGACUUAUUGGCCAGAAAGCAUUUCUUCCUUAUUUAUAUUUUUUGAUUCCAUUUCCAUUGAAUUCCAUACUUUGCCUUUACUAUUUAUUAGAGCGUUCUAUUUUGAGUAGGCUUUCAUUACGUACAAAUAUAAUUAAGAACCGAAUAUUAAUACACCGUGUUGUAAACACAAAAACUAAUUAUUUCAACGAAACGAACCUUUAAUUACUUUACUUUUGUUCUCUGACACGUAUUACUUUCUGACACGUUUUUUGACUUAUUAAAUAAACGUCUAAUAAUUUUAUAAAACUCGAAACAAAAUUUGUGAAAAUAAUUAUUAAUACUCGAAAACGUUUCACGCAGAAGAGACUUUUAAUUUGUUGAUUGAUUGGGAUUGGAUUCUUUGAGUACCAUGAGUCUGGCCGUUAUCAUAAAUAAAGCAAUAUCAAGCUGGUGUUGCCAUAACGCGAGCGCAUUGUGCCGAACUCAAUCACUUAACAUAAGUUAUAAUACUUAAAUUGGCAAUACUAUAAUGAGGAUAUGAUAAGUGGUCGUUUCAAUUUGUACGUGAGUAAACUUUAUUGAGUUAUUAAUUCGUAUCUACUUUAAGAGAGUUUUUCAUUCACCGACACGAUAACGAUUUGUCGUAACCCAUUCACACUCACCGAAACGCUAUCUGCGACGAUAUAUCGGAAUGUUAUGCCCGUUAUCAUAAAAGUGCCGGUUGGUCCACACAUAUUUGACAUAUUUGAAAUGCUACAACAUCGCUGCUCGCCGAUCUUGCGGGUGAACGAAAAAAAAAAACUUUAACUAUUAUAAUUUGCUAGUUACCUGUAAAUAUUCCAGAAUAUACUAGAUUCGUAAUUUUGCUUCUGUCCAUUCUUCACUCACAUGAAGACGGUGGAUGUCAAUCUUUUUAAAAUUUAAAAGCGUUAAGUUUUACUAUCUUCGUGUAAAUGAUAAUAAUAUUAAAAAAACCGCUGAAAAUAGCUUACAGAAAUUUAGUGAACCAAAGCAGUAUCUUUUACCUAGAUAAUUUCACGAUAUCUUAAUCUAAAGCAUAUCAAGUAUAAAUAAAAUUGUAAAUAAUAAAGUAAGGACGCUGAAGUUCUGAGGAAUUAGUCUAUAAGUUUUCACGACAGCUGUCUGAAAAAAAAACGUUUUUAAGUUGAAACCAUAAUAAGAAUUUUGCAUUACACUGCAUUACUUUGUUUUUCGACACUAGCGUAAGAGACAAACGCCGUGUGAGUUACAUCGCUUUUAAAUCAUACGAAUAUUCACCGAAUGUUCCAAUUUCGAUCGUAAUAACUGACUCUUUAAGAUUUAAAUUCAUUUUCAUGUUUGACAUUUUUUCUUACGUUUUAGUAUUGACAUGAAAAAUAUAUCUGUUGUUUUUUUUUUUAUAUAAAGCUCAUUAGUACAUACCAAACUAAAACAACAUGUUCACAUACAGAUGAAAAAACAUAUUUAUAUAGGCGAUAGUAGAUAAGCGAUUUUGACUUUGUGUUUGUCUUACCACUUAAAAUUAAAUUAUCAUAAUUUAUAACUCUUUUAAUUUUGUACAUUUUGUAUAUGAAUACAAUUGUAUAUUUAACAAACGAUUGAUAAUAAUACUUUAAAAUGUUUUUUAAGACUACCAAAUCGUCUGGAGCUCAUUAGAAAUAUUUUUUUUUCAUUUCACAAUAACCUAAGGUUUCUUUUAAAUAAGCGUUAUUUAGUUUUAGGCGAAAUGUUGUGUAUAUAUGGGAAGAUAAUUGUAAUAAUUACAUUGUAAUUGUAAUUGAUGAAGAAAACUAAGAAAGCGGCUGCGUGACGAUGUGAAUAUUAUUGAUAAUAAACGAUUUCUAAAUA